AUGGCGUCAACGACAUCAAAUGAUCGCCAGCUAACAAUACAGUUGCCAACAAUAAAUCUCUUACGAUCGGAUAACUCAUCAUUGAAUUCUGCUCAGUGGAUACUAAUUGCAAAUUUAAUUCAUAGUUAUGAUGAAUCAAGACUUCUUGCUGCUGCUCGACGCUUAAUGAACGAAAAUAAUAUUUCACAAGUCGAACAGAUCCGUGACCCAACAGUGGUGAGAGAUUUUCUUAAACAAACGUACGAAACAACAGGAAAGUAUCUUCACGCCAACCAUGAUUUUCUGAUUUUACCGCCCGAUGACCGAUUUGUACUUCUUCGGCAUGCAGCUGAAAAUGUUCAGUGUUUGAGUACAAUCUUUAUCUGGAAUCAAUCUAAGCUGUACACUCAUCGAUCAUUCAUGAAAACUUGUAAUUAUCUCUACGGAGAACAAUUAGUGAAUAUGGUACGCCAUGCUAUGAAAUUUAUCGAUCCUGAUCUUGUUCUAGUCAAACUAGCUGCUUCAUUAUUUGCUUUUUUCAAUAGCUUGUUGAUAGUACGACCAAAUUACACAAUGAAUUCGAGCAGUAUCAGUACAAUAUUCCGGAUUCAAAGUAGUUAUGCUGAAGUAACUUGGAAAUAUCUUGUCUACAGAUAUGGAUAUUAUCAAGCAGUGUUACGUUUCAAUAAUUUGAUUCAGUGUCUUAUGACAGCAACUAAGAUAACAUCUAAAUCAUUGAAUGCUCAUAUCCAUACCAAUGAUAUGGAGUCACUCGUUGAACAAACAGAAAUUUCACUUUUCUUGGAUGAUAUCGAACAGAUUAAUUCAGACGUUGUUUAA